AUGGGAAUUGGAGGAAAAUUGAGCUUUUCAAGGGAUAGAAUCGUGGAGAGCUUCAUUUGGGCAGUUGGAUUUGCCGAGAAACCACGCUUUGGAUAUUAUAGAAGAUUGGCAACAAAAGUUAAUGCACUAGUAACUACCAUUGAUGAUAUUUAUCAUGUCUAUGGCAAAGUAGAAGAAUUAGAAGUUUUCACACAAUUCAUUGACAGAUGGGAUAUAAAUGCCAUUGAUUCUCUUCCAGUGUACAUGAAGAUAUGCUUCCUUGCGCUUUACAAUUUUGUCAAUGAAGUGGCUUUUGACAUCCUUAAAGAGAAAGGACACAACAUCAUUCCACACUUUAAGAAAGUGUGGGCUGACCUUUGUAAAUCAUAUUUGGUUGAGGCAAAAUGGUACCAUAGUGGCUAUCAUCCCAGCAUGCAUGAGUACUUAGAAAAUGCGCAGAUUUCAAUUGGUGGACUGUCACAUGUGUUCAUGCUUAUUUCGCACUUUCUAGUUCAAGACUUCUAG